CUGUAAACAACAAAACCAUCGAGCUUUUUUAGUGUAAACAUUGUAAGUGCGGAACAAUGCCACAAUGCUGAAGUGCAGAGUGAAAAUAUAAAGGAGCGAUAUUUUCCGAAGCCAGAACAACAUACAAAGUUAUCAGAUUCUAACGACUUGGGAUACCUUACAUCAAAAUGUUUGUUGCCGUGGAUAACACAAACACCUUCUUCUCAGAUAAUCCAUAUUAUUUUUACAAUGACAACAAAUCGCCGCGUACUCCAGACUCACAGAGCUCUAGUAAAGGAUUUUCCAUAUUUAAAAGACGUAAUUCAAAGGGAAACAGUCCAAGAGUUGUGCUGCCAGAGCAAUUGCGUCUAAUAACAUCAGCUAAUCUUGAUUCUGCUGCAACAAUUGCAUUAGGUAGCCCGCGCGGUAGUUUUGGUUCAUUAAGCGCUUUCAGUCAUCAAACAUUUGAAUUGCAACCAUUGGUGCAUCCACGUCAACGUUCAUCGAACUCACAUUCAGAAUCAUUUCGCGAACGUUUGGGUUCAUAUAAUGAAUCCUCCGCAUGUACGGAAAACGAUGGCAUCUUUAAUGUAUCGCCAGCAAGCAAACAUCAUCAUCAUACAUUACCAAGCAGUGGCAUACGUCGUCACUCGUUUGGCAAUUGGCGGCAAAAUAGUGAACGCCAUUUGCAACACAAAAAUGCUGCGCUUACAACACCGGAUGAAGUGCCAAAUAUGAUGGCUCCAAGGCCACCAGUAAUAUCACCAAAUAAAUAUCGUGGCUUACAUAGGAGAAGGGAUAACUGCGGUACUGUGAGCAACUCACCUGCUGCCAAUUUCGGUUCGCCAUAUAACAUGGACGAUAUUCUGAUUGUGACGGCCAAGCACAGUGAACGUGCAAUUGUACGUGCAAAUUUUCUAAAAAAUCAUUUCGACAAAAUUACCAAACAACGUGGACGAAAACCAUUCAACUUUCUGCAUAUUAAAAUCGAAGAUGGUCCUUUCAGUGAUGAGAUCGCAAACAAAUAUCAGAAUACAGCACUACAAAUUGUUAUUUUGUGUCCCGCUCUAUUGGCACUUUCACACUCUUUUCUCAUGACCCAACUCUCUGCGAUUAUACGCGUUGAGAAAGUUUUAGGCAUUCUACUGGAUGUCAGUGAGGAAAAAGUUAGAGAAAUUCAAAAGACAGCUCUUCCAAGUUACAAUAAAUGGCGUCGCUGUGUUUUACGUGAUAAUGAGCAGGCACAAAUAAGUAAUAUUCUUGGUAUAGCAACAGAUAUACUAGGACGUGCACUUUGCCAACGCCCACCAUGUCAUGACAAUAGCAAUAGCAUUUCACGUAGUUUUUCCAGCUGUUCAGAAGGUUUCACCAUACUGCCAAAGAAAGUUAAAAUUGGUCAAAAUAAGGUAGUGGCUAUGUUAGUGGAACCAUUAGAAAAGGAUGAUAUACUAAAAAUCGUAGUUGAAAAGUCUGGAGAACUAAUUGAAAUCCGUAAUUUCAAGUGUCGCAAUCCAUACACUAUACAAUUUUCUGUACCAGAAAGCUGCAUGGAAAUUUCUACAAUGGUUGAGAUACGCAUCGAAAAGAAUGAUAAGAGUCUCGGUGCUCGUCCCAUUAAAUGUGAAAGUCGCUUACGUGAACUAGAACAGCUAUUACGCACUGAAGAUUCGCCCAUUGAGUUUAUGUGUCAUUCAUUGGGAAUUGGCGCAACAGAACGCGAUGCAUUAGAUUUGCAUUUAUUGCAGUGCUUUCAAAAAAAUAUGCCACCCAAUUUUCAUUUACUGAAUGGUCCAUAUGAAAAACAAAAUUUCCUCACAAUACGCGAAUCCAGCCCAGAAGAAUAUCCCACUUUGUUACAUUUUGCAGCACGUUGGGGCUUAAAUCGCUUGUGCAUACAAUUGAUGGAAUGCCCUGGUGGUGAUACCGCCUGUGGCAUACGUAACUGUGCUGGCAAAACUCCUGCUGAGCUAUCCGAUCAAGAAGGUCAUCAUAAAUUGGCACAAAAUAUUGUGAGCUUCUCUGAAUUUCAUGAACUAACGACAAUGUAUCAUUACUUUAAAGGCAUUGGCAAUACUAAUACCCCAGGCGGUCCAACUAUUAAUGGUAAAACAAAUGCCAAUAAAGUUAUUAUUGAGGCUGUUAAAUCUACUACACCCUCAUCUCCGAAAAUAGUGCCAAAUAAACCUCAAAGAGGUCAUGAUGUCGCUCCUGGCCCAACAGCUGAGUAUAUGGAAAUGUCAAGUGGAUCUGAACGGGAAAAUACUCCAGACACGAAACCAAAAAUAGAAACUUUGGCUAUUUCAAAUUUAAAUUAUAUCAGCGUCGAAACUGAAGAUGAAAAUUUGCAGGGUUCUUCAGCAGAUGUGUAUAAAAACUUUGAUACCAAUAAAGUUGUAACAGGCCCAGAAGAAACUACAAAUGAACUCUGUAUUAAUGAGCCACCAUACUUUGAAUCGAAAGAACAAAAUAAAUCCAUUGAUGUUAUUGAUUCACCCUACCAAACUGACAAAUUCAGUCAGGAGUGCUCACAAUUAUUAGAAAACUGUAGCAAUAUCGCUAAUGGCAAUGAUUAUGUGUUACAACCUUCCAAUAUACCAGUAAUUAACAAAACCGCCACGAAUGCUGGUGCAAUAAUGGAUGAUGGUAACUACCUAUUUCAACCUUCGAAUCGUCCAGUGGAGGAAGAACUUUUGCCACAAACCCGUAACAGCCUUAAUCGCGUAAACGGCUCAACACAUCGUUUAGCAAAUAAUCCAACUUAUGGUACAUUAAAACGCUCUGCCUCUGAUGCCUCCAGCUCGACUCGUUCAAAUGCAGACGAUGAACUUGCUGAGAUAAUGCACGAUUUUAAGAAUAAUGUUCUAUCCAUACGCGAUGUAGAACUACUGGUUGAAAAAUGGAAACAUCGUAACGAUGUGCAACAAAGUUUCCGUGAAAAACAAGAACAAAUCGAACAAUUACGUAAAGAAUACGAACGCAUACAGGACCAAGUAAAGUCUCAAAUGAAACGUGAAACUCCUUUCGAGAAACUCAAAAAACUGUUUUCACGUCAUAAAUCAACGCCGCAUUUAGCAGAUAAAAACUCUUGUGCCGAUAGUGUACUGGAUGAAACCAAAUCUUCCAUAACCACUAGCUCAAGUUUCAAGUCUUCUCAGCGUCCCAUAAGCUCUCUAAGCUUACAAAGUGUUUCAUCAUCUUCCUCUUCUGGUAGAUUAAGUACAGGCAGCAAUUGCAGUGGUACAUCAUUAGGUGAUUCCGGCACACAUUCCGACCAUGAAGAACUGCGUCGAUUUGGUUGUCGUAUUGGUUCACCUGGUUCACUUAUGGAUAAUUAUCUUAUACCACCACCACCACGACCAGUAUUUACACCAAACUCCACACCUGGAGAUGAAAAACAUCAAAUUGUAUUUCCUUCUCCAAUGUCAUCCUGCCAACGUUUAAAUACCCCAACUAGUCCAACUGGUUCUGAACACUACCAAAUUUUUCCAUCAAAUAUACCAGUAUACACAAGUCAAAAUCUCUCCACAUCACAGAGUAGCAGUUACUUAAAUACAAUCAUGGAAGCUAGAGAACAAGAUCAUCAGUAUCAAAAUGGUGUGACCUUACAGCCCAUCAAAGUCAAUGAACGUUCCAAUAUUAUAUAUGGUAAGCUAACGAAGGCUUCACCAACUUGCAGCUCUUUCAAGCCCAAGCAACAGGCAACCCCACAAGUAGCACAACUGGAAGUGCAGGCAGAGGUUUAUCAAAAUGUUGGAGAUAAUGUGGAGACUGAUGCUCUUAAGCAGAACAAUAAAACGGAGAAGGAAAUAGAUAACGAUAAUGAAAUUCAGGACGAUGAACACAACUAUAUGAAUUGUUAAACCAUAUUAAUUAAAAAUAAUAUAUUUUUAAA